CCAGUGCCACAUUUAAUGGUAGCAUUUGUGGUUUUGUGGGUUUCAGUCAAGAUGAAUACUGCGAUACUCAUCUCAUUGGUCUUUUCACGGAUGGACUCAUAGAUCCUCCAUAUCGAUUUUACAUUAAAGAUCCAUGUGGGAACAUUAUUAGAAAUACCACUAAUGAUUUGAAUAUUGAAUAUGCUGGUAAAGGAUCUAAACCUUUCAGUGCAAAGAUUAAUAACCUCAGCCUUGAUUGUGAUAAAAAUGGAAUUUUAUUAGGCAAUUGCAAUGGCCAAUAUCAGUUAAAAAAGCGUCAAUCUGGUACUGCUACGAUGUCAAUCGAUUCACUUAAUGGUGAAGAUUUAGGCAUUUACGAGUUUUAA